UGCACCAGAAAUCCGCUGCUGCACUCGCUAGUCGCUACUACCUGUCCUCCCCCUCCCCCUCCCCCCGUCUCAUAAAUAAAUGCCUCCGUCGCGAUCCAUGAGGCGAGGCGAGUGAGUGAGUGAGAGAGAGAGAGAGAGAGCGAGAGCGGACGAACCAGCCCACGCUGCACCCAAACCCCCUUCGGCCCUUCCUCACCCUCCUCCGAUCUGCACCCUCCUCGAAUCCCCAUUGCCGCCCGCCAUGAGGAUCCGGAGGAGGCCGCAGGCGCAGUCGCCGCCACCGCCCUACCCGCUGCCGCCGCCCUCAGAUCCGUUCACCGCGCCCCACCCACCGCCACCGCCACCGCCACCGCCACCGCCACCGCCGAACGCGGAGGAGCUACACUGGGAACAGCCGCCGCUCCCGGGGGACGAGGCCGAGCAGGGGAAGAGGAGGAGGAUCGAGUCGGAGGAGGGGUUGCACUCCCACCCGCGCCGCCCGCACGCGGAUCCCGGCCCGCCCGCAUUGCCGCCACGGCCGCAGGACGGCAACGCGGUGGCGGCGGGACGCAGCACCGACGACGACGACCCGCCUGUUGUUCACGGCCACGGCGGCGGAGGCGGCGCACAACGUCGGGGGGCAGUAGCAGCUGCCGCCGCCGCAGAUGGCCGCACCCGCGCCCACGAGAGCCUAGAGAAUGGACAUCGCCGCGACGACUCUGAGCGGCCGGUGAUCAAUGCCGGGGAACGUUUCAUCAUCCAGGCAAUGCCGGCGGUGCCGGUGAACGUGAAGGAAGGGAUCAAGGACGACCGGGGCGGCGGUGCCAAGAAGAAGCGCCGCGGCCCUCCGGUGCUGAUGGAAGGCUCCCGGUGCAGCCGCGUGAACGGCCGCGGGUGGCGCUGCAGCCAGCCCACGCUGGUCGGCUACUCCCUCUGCGAGCACCACCUCGGCAAGGGCCGGCAGAAGAGCGCGAGCCGCACCGAGCCCAGCAGCUGGAAGAACGGCGGGGCCACGCUUGGCCGCACCGAGCCCAGCAUCAGAAAGAAGGCAGCGCAGCCGUCCGUGCCCGUGGUCGCCAACGGCCGCGCCGGUGCGCCCAGGCUCGGCCGCACCGAGCCGGCCAGCAGCAAGAAGAACGUCGAUGCUCUGGCCGUGGUCGCUGCACGGGCGCACGACGCCAGCGACCUGUCGAGCCUGCUUGCCGCACCUCUAGCGGCGGAGGUCGAAUGAUCAUCAAUCGCGCGGUCGAUCGUGGAACCGUAGAAAGUGAGAUUCUUUAGUUUUCUUUUGGAAGGGUACGGCUGUGCAUAUCUUGCAGUUCAUGGCGAGCAGUUUCUCUAGCUGUCUGGACUUCUCUUUGGUCUCUAUGAUCAUGCAGACGUUUUCAUCGUGUAAUUAAUAGGAUUGCAGAUAAUUAGUGACCACACAUUCUGUGGUAGAUUGAUCAGUGCA